AUGAAUGCAAGCGACGUUUUGAAAACCCCAGAAGCCUGCGGGCUGUCCUUUCUCGUAGGAGUUGUACUCCAUCUCUUCGUCUUCCGGCUCGGCGAAUGGGACCUCUCGGCACAGCGCAUCGUCACAAACUUCACGCUCGCUUACGCAGCGACUGUGGGAGCGGCCGUGGCCGCGCCGUUCCUCGCGCCCGUGGUUUCUAUAUCACCGAUGGAAGCGGCCGGCUUCGCUCAAGUUGCUAAAGCUGCGGGGAUCCUGUUCUCUUCGCUUAUAGCGGGCAUCUACACGAGCAUCCUGCUCUAUCGAGGUCUGUUCCACCGGCUACGCCGAUUCCCUGGUCCGUUCCUCGCCAAGUUCACGAACCUCUACGUGACGUUCAAGAUCUGGAACCGAAUGCAUCUCCACGAAGAUGUGAGAAAACUGCAUGAGAAGUACGGCGACAUCGUGCGGGUUGGCCCGACGGAGCUCUCAAUCAACAAGCCCGGCGCCAUCAACGCCAUUUUCUUGGACACGGAUUGCAUGAAGGGCCCGUGGUAUAACCUGCUUCAUCCUAUGGUCUCUAUGCAGAUGGUUCGUGAUAAAGAGGCGCAUUCGAGGCGGCGGAAAGCAUGGGAAUACGGCUUCACCUCGAAAGCACUUCGCGACUACGAACCCCGCGUCCUCAAGUACACCGACCAACUCCUCGCCGGCAUCCAAGCCAGCGCCGGCACGAGAUUCAACGCGUCGCUCUGGUUCAACUUUUACAGCUUCGACGUCAUGGGCGAGUUCUCCCUCGGCCACGGGUUCCGCAUGCUCGAGGACGGCGUCGCGCACUUUUACAUGAACUCGCUGCACGACGAGACCAUGGCCGUCGGGCGGUUCACGCACGCCAUGUGGGCUCUACCGCUGUAUCGCAAGACGGCGAUCUGGAACGCCGGCGUGAAGAAGUUCAAGACGUGGAUCUCGGGCCAGGUGCAGCAGCGCAUCCAAAACAAGCCCGAGAGUCCCGACAUCUUCACGUGGGUGCUAGAAGAUCACGAGGCCAAGGCGGACCACUCCUUUCAGGAUAUGCUCAACUUGUACGGAGACUGUAUCUUGAUUACAGUUGCUGGAAGCGACACGGUAGCAGCUGUCCUGUCAUGUCUUUUCAUGGAGCUAGCACGCCAUCCGAGAGAAUACAGCAAGCUCCAGGAAGAACUAGAUGAGUACUUUAGGGAACACGACAAGCCUGAGCACGCUCCCCUUUCCAAGUUGCGAUACCUCCAGGCUUGUAUCGACGAAUCGCUGCGUCUGCACCCGCCUGUGCCUUCGGGCGUCCAAAGGAUGACGCCGCCCGAGGGACUCCAGGUCGACGACGUCUGGCUUCCUGGGGAUACCAUUGUGUUUGUACCAUCAUACACGCAGUACAGAGACCCUAGGUUUUUUGACAGACCAGACGAUUUCAUCCCCGAGAGAUGGAUCGACCGGCCGGAACUCGUCAAGAACGCCGCAGUCUACGUGCCAUUCUCAACCGGACACGACGUGUGUAUUGGCAAGCAGCUUGGUCUCCUGGAGACGCGAUUUGUGACCAGCGCCAUCGUACACAAAUACAACCUGAGAUACGCACAGGGGCAGACAGUGGAGAGCUUUCUGGAGGGCAACAAGGACACGGGUACCCUAACCGUCGCUCCGCUCAAUGUGGUAUUCUCGCCGAGAAAAUCGUAA